GCGUGCGCAGCAGCGCGUCUUCAGCAGCCGAGAGGAGUCCGCCCAGCAUAGCGCCUGGACCGAGACGCAGGUGCACGAUGCGGUGCUGCGGGCAGAUGAGGAGAAGUUGCAGAAGGAGGUGGCAGCGAGACAGGCCGAAACCAAGGCCUUCGUUGAGGACAUCUUGCUGCAAACCAACUCGUGCCUCCGACAGAAAGAGACGGAACGACAUCAUGCGGUGAUGCACUGUGACAAAGUGGCAGAGAUGCAUCAAACAACCAGGACCCAAGCGCAGGCCCGGAUGAAAUUACACGACGAGAAGUCCAAGCAGCAAGUCAAGGAUCUGGAAAAGUUGACGUAUCAGCUUCGUUUGCGUAGCGAUGAGGCACUGGCUGAAAAGAUCUCACAGACCACAGGGCACCUUGGAGAAGCAAAAGCUUUCUGUGCCAAGGUCAGAGAAGAAAUGGCUGAAGAGAUCCAGUUGGCGAAGCAGAAUGCCUCCAGGAUCGAAGAAGAAGCUGCCAUGAACACACGAAAUGAACAGCGUAAACUCGAAGAAUUGGAAUCCAAAGCCCUGGAUAGUUUCAUCACUUCCAUCGGAGAGGCUCAAAGCAGCCGCCUGGAGACGGAGGCGAAGCGAAAAUUUCUGCAGGUGGAGCUGGAUGAGCUCCAUAGCAAAUACCAAGAGCUUCAUGAUGCGAUGCAAGCGAAGAUGAAAUCCAUCAUGGAGCUCUGGCGUGCAGACCGUGCCAGCAUGGACAUGCAGAUUCGUAGCUGCGAGGAACGGCGCCAGGUGGCCUUUGAAGCAGUCACGAAAAGCAUGAAAGAACGCACGGGUCAGUUGGAGGUGAGAAGUAAGGAGCUGGUCGAUAACUGCUCUCACGUUGUUGUUGAGUGCCAGCGCCACAGCGAGGACCAGGUCUUCGCCUGCUACGAGGCCGCCGUGGACGUGGCGAAGAGCGAGGAGCAGCACGCGGAGCAAACGCUGAAGGCGGCGCAGCAGUGGAAGGCACAGAUCCAGGGCAUUGAGGAAAGAGCCGAUGAGGAGAUUGAAGCCUAUCAACUGCGGGCUCAGCAUAUGGAAGCCCAAAUGGAAAAAGAUGCCCAAGCUCAGGUGAAUUUAUCAAAGCGACUUGCACAAACGGCACAUCAGAAGGAGAAGGUUUACAUCUCCGAAACGGCCUUGGCAUGGGCCAGGGUGCGAAAGGCGUGUUAUCAGCUGCGGCUGGCCAGUCUUCAUGAUUUUGCCAAAAGUAUAACCGCUGGAGAAUUUGACAGCAAAGUCUCUUGAUCGGUUGCCACAUCGUCGUGGUUCCCUUGGCCGCUGGGCGUGACGAGCUUUUUGGUGAAUUGCGUGUGCUGACCUUCGUCGGCACUUGCACUGUACAUGCUGUUCUUGUUCACUGGCUCUCCCCAGAGGGAGCAAAGUGUGGCCAGUGGGUAAGUAGAAGCAAGGCUAGAAAUGGUGGAUUUGUGGUGUGGGAACUUGAGCAAAUCUUGAG